AUGACUAGACUGAUGCAAAUCGAUUUGAUUGAUAUGCGUACAAGACCGGAUGUUAUUUCAAUUGCUGUCGUUUAUCGUUGGAUUUUGCAUUGUAUUGAUCAUUUUUCUAAAUUUACACGGUCUUUUCCAUUAGAAAAUAAGUCUGCUGGAGAGGUUGCCUCUAAACUCCGUCAAUUGUUUUUUACUUUUGGACCUCCACAUUUGUUACACUCGGAUAAUGGAGCUGAAUUUGUCGCACAGGUUAUAUUUGAAUUGAAAAGCUUGUUUCCAGAUAUGUGUUUCAUUCGAGGAAGACCCAGACAUCCUCAAAGUCAAGGCUGUAUUGAACGUGCCAAUGGUGUUUUAAGUAUUGCAUUGGGUAAAUGGUUAGAUACGAACAAUUCAGUUCAUUGGUCAGAUGGUCUGCUACCAGUGGCUUAUGGAAUCAAUACAAGAGUAUCAUCAGCGACAAAAACAACACCAUAUGAAAUAAUGUUUGGUCAACGUCCACGAUCGGAUUCCGAUUUUUGGAAAAUUGUAAAAGAAUGUGAUAUAAUGGAUGAAGAACAAUUACCAACUCCAAUCGAACGCGCUGAUGUCGUUGUCGAUGAAAUUGUUGAACAAUCCACCAUAAAUGAAACUGUAAUUGAUGAUUUUGAUAAACAAAAAGAAAAUGAUAAUUUAAAUAUAGAUAACUUCAUUCCUGAAAUGUUUCCGCUUCUAAAUACAAACAAUGGUCCAAAUGCAGCUGGUGUUCUUUAUUAUUCUUUUCUUGAUCUUUCACCUUCUUCUUCCUAUGAUCCUUAUCAUCAACCACUAGGUGCCACAAUAAAUUUGACAACAGAGAAUGUGGUUUCGUUCGAUUCCCCCCACCAGCAUCGACUCAACCUAAUUCUCAGAGGACCCUUUUCCACUUUUUAUACUAAUCUGAAACACACAAGUUGUACUAUAUAUUGAUCUGUUUUUUAGAAAAGGUCCCUUUCAGUUUCUUUCGGUUUUAAUUAACGAAGUUGACAGAGUACGGAAUAACUUACAACUAGGGCACAUUAGGUACGCACCGAUUUUGGUUUCAAAUCGAAAAACCGAUGUUUGGUUUAAACCAACACCGAAAAAACCGGACAUUGUCGCAUUCAAGAAAUAUGCAUAGGUAGGACACUCUUUGUACCUGUAGGGAAAAGAUCAGUGAAGUCGGUGUAGGAUAUCUGAAGAGAUCCCCUCGUCAGUAUCAUGAAGUUUUGUGUCUCUACAGCUGUAUGUAACUCAAGAAAUCGUAGGACAUAACACAUAUGAUCGGAAGAAGAAACAUAUGGCAUACUCCAUCCGGUCGCUUGGCCGUUCAGUCGUUCGCAGGUCGUUCUGCGGCAGUGAAAUUCUAAUUUAUUUUAUUUUAUUUUAUUUCGGUUCCUUUGAUUGUAUCGUGGAUACAUACAUACAUUAGCAUAUAUAUAGUUCCAAUGUACUCGUUCUUUUAAUAGACAUCAUUAUAAGAGUAGAUAUUUUUCUGUUUAAAGAAAUCAGAAAAGAACAAAUUUUAUAUUUUCAUCAAAUGUUCAUCUUUUAUAUGUUCAAUGAGGGCACUGUAAAACUAUUUCAUAUUGCACCAACUUCGCGAACUACAAUUACACUAAUUAGAGAAGAUCCAUUUCCUAUUUUUAUAGUAGUUUAAAGUACACGAGUUGUACACGAUACUGAUCUAAUUUUUAGAAAAGGAUCCCUUUUAGUCUUUGAGAAAUAUGGUUGUGAAUGUCGUUCAUCAUCCUCUGAAAAACUCAGCUUUUUCUUGCUCGAUUUGCAGAGAUUUCUUUUGCUUGUCUCGGAAACUUGGUUUUUUAGAGGAUGAUGAACGACAUUCGCAACCCUGUUUCUCAAAGGCUAAAAGGGAUCCUUUUCUAAAAAUUA